AUGGCCACCUUUCGCACCAGGCCGGCACUGGCAGCUCUUGUGCUCGCCCUAAUACACAGCGUAUCCGCACAUGGUGGUCACGACAAGGUACCUGAAGGCGAUGCCGUUACGACAGAACCCAUGGACUCGGUCCUUUGGACACACAUCUUGCUGCAAUCUCUGGCCUGGGGCAUCAUAUUUCCCACUGGUAUGGUGCUUGGAUUCGUUCGCUCUCGCCUCCACGUUCCCGUUCAGAUACUCGGAUCAGCGAUCGCAGUUCUUGGAUACUUUCUGGGCCAUCUACACAAAGGCCGCCAGUUCGGUCCAAAUGUGCACGCCAAGUUUGCGAAUUGGCUGAUGCUCAUGAUGAUUGUGCAAGUUGUCGUGGGCAUCUGGCUGAGACUGCACAUCGAGCGCGGAUUUCUGGGAUCGAUUCGAAAAGUCCUGGUGAAGGGCCAUGGAGUGCUAGGAGGGCUUAUACCAGUCGCUGCGUGGGUGCAGAUGCUGUUUGGYGCUAUUGCGAGUCAAGGCUUUUGUCAGGGAGAACACACUGGACAAUGUGCUGCGCAUUUCAUCAUGGGAUCUGCCUUUGUGGGCUACGGGAUGGUCCUCACCGUGCUUCUGGUGAACGGACAGGCCUUCCUCGCCCGGACAGGCAAGAGCCAGGAGUUCUGGGACAGUUUGGUUAUUUCAGUAUGGGGUUGCGUCAACACAUUCACAGAACAUCGCUGGGGAACGGCUUGGGUGAGGAAUGACCUCCAACACACUACCAUGGGCAUCAUCUGGUGGUCAGCUGGACUCGUCGGGGUUUGGCUUUCGAGGGACAGACACGGACGUCCGAGGCGAAACAUCAUCCCGGGUAUCGUGAUUGCUAUGACAGGUUGGGCAAUGAGCGCACAUCCCCAGGAGCUCAUGCUGAGUACGAUGGUGCACACCAUCUUUGGCUACUCUCUUAUGGCUGCCGGUUUCGCUCGCAUCGUCGAGAUCAGCUUUGUGCUGAAAGACCGGACGACACUUGUCGGGCCCGAAGGAGGUGACGUUGACGCCGAGAUCAACAGCUUCCAGUACCUGACACCAUUCCUCCUUUACGCAUCUGGCUUCCUGUUCAUGGGAGCUACCGAGGAACAGAUGGAAAGUCUGAGUAAUGCCGGCGUCACGCACGUCGCAUAUAUUUUGAUUCUUUACAGCGUCAGUUUCUUGCUGUUCCUCUUCACACUCGUGCUGCUACGUCUUUACUCAUCCUACUCACAAGAACCCUUACCAAGCGUCAAGAUUGACGACGAAGAAAUGCCGCAUACCAACGGCCACGCGAGAGGCCCAAGGAGUACUCGAAUUCCAAGCGCGGCAGAUCGCCAGGCACAGGAUGCCGAAGAGUUCGAGCUCGAGGGUCUCAUGAGUGAGGAUGAUGAGCCAUUGAAGAAGGAGAGCAAUGGCGGUUUGGCGAUCCAUUGA